AUGAAAAGUUUUGAGGUUCUCUUGCUUAUGUUCCUAUGCAUACAAACCACCAUCUCUAGUGUUAGUAGUACAAACACAGCAGUGGUUUGUAGUAAGGCAGAGAAACAAGCCCUUCUCAGCUUUAAGAAGGGUCUUAAAGAUCCAACAAAUUGGCUCUCAUCUUGGAUUGGUGAAGACUGUUGCACAUGGAAAGGAGUUAGUUGCAAUAACAGAACAGGACAUGUUGUCAAAGCAGGACCACCAUUCUGUUCUGUUGGGGCCUCUGUACCAUACCUUGACAUGAGUGGAAUUAAUCUCAGUAACUCAACUGAUUACCUACAGGUAUUGAAUAAGCUUCCUUCUUUAAGGGAUUUAUUCUUAUCAUCUUGUGAGCUUAAUCCAAUUCAUGAUCUUCCUGCUCAACUUGUUAACUUUUCAUCACUCACCAUCAUUGACCUUUUGGAAAACAAUUUCAAUUCAUUAGCUCCUGACUGGUUGUUCAGUAUUCCGAGCCUCGUUUCGCUUGAAUUGAGCUGGAAUUCUUUUUAUGGUCCAAUACCUGUUGGUCUUCAGAACAUGACUUCGCUGAAGAUCCUAGACCUCUCAGAAAACAAUUUUAAUUCUACCAUACCUGAUUGGUUGUAUAAUUUGAGAAGUCUUGUAACCCUUGACAUCUCUGAUAACAAUUUGAGAGGUUCAAUUACAAGUGUGGUUGGUAACCUAACUUCAAUUACAAGGCUCUAUCUUUGGGGCAAUGAGCUUGAAGAAAGUUUUGGAAAUCUUUCACAACUUGGGGAAUUAUACAUCUCUCAUAAUUCCUUGGAAGGUGAGGUGUCUGAGGUUCACUUUGCCAAUCUCACUAGAUUGAAAGCAUUCUAUGCAUCUUCAACUUCAUUGAUUUUGAAAGUUAGCUCUGAUUGGAUUCCUCCUUUCCAACUUCAAGACAUACAAAUGAGAUCAUGGCAUGUAGGACCUCAGUUUCCAGGAUGGCUUCAAACUCAGAAGAGCAUCUCUUACCUAGAUUUAUCUUCCACGGGAAUUUCUGAUGAAAUUCCAACUUGGUUUUGA